GGUAAACAAAAUCCGAGGAGCGUGUACAUGCGUAGAGCUGGUAAUGGAGGAUACUGGUCUACUCACAGGGGGCUUAGUUAGCAAGCUGUGUUUUGUCUGUUAUGUUCCAGGUGGCCGCUUGUAUUGAUUACGACGAUAUCAACAACGCGAGGGACUGCUUCUGAGAGAAUUAAGCAGCGGUGGUAGGCGCUGCCAUCAAGUUUUGGAAAUGGCUUCGGACGCUUCCAAAGGGAUUAUGACUUUUUAUCCCACUGCUGAGGAAUUCAAGGAUUUCAGGCGCUAUGUUGCAUAUAUGGAGUCGAAGGGAGCACAUAAAGCAGGCCUGGCUAAAAUUGUCCCACCAAAAGAAUGGAAGCCCAGACAUUCUUAUGACGACAUAGAUGACUUGGUGAUACCUGCACCCAUUCAGCAGGUUGUGACAGGUGUGUCAGGUCUCUUCACGCAGUACAACAUACAGAGGAGAUCCAUGACGGUGAGAGAGUUUCGCAGGGUUGCCAACAGCAACAGGUACUGUAGUCCACAUUAUGAUAACUUUGAGGAGCUGGAAAGGAAGUACUGGAAGAACGUGACCUUUAAUGCUCCUUUAUAUGGGGCAGAUGUUAAUGGAACAUUGUAUGAUCCAGAUGUCAGGGAGUGGAAUAUUUGCCAUCUGGACACCAUUUUGGAUACUGUGGAGCGUGACAACGGCAUCACUAUUGAGGGUGUUAAUACACCCUACUUGUAUUUUGGCAUGUGGAAGACCACCUUUCCAUGGCACACAGAGGACAUGGACCUCUACAGUAUCAAUUAUUUGCACUUUGGAGAACCUAAAUCAUGGUAUUGUAUUCCUCCAGAGCAUGGGAAAAGAUUUGAGCGUCUGGCUCAAGGCUUCUUUCCCAAUAGCGCUCAGAAUUGUGAUGCCUUUCUAAGGCACAAGAUGACACUGAUCUCUCCUUUUGUACUAAAGAAAUACAGCAUUCCAUUCGAAAGGAUUACUCAGGAGGCUGGGGAGUUCAUGAUCACUUUCCCCUAUUCCUAUCAUGCUGGUUUCAACCACGGCUUCAACUGUGCAGAGUCCACCAACUUUGCUACAGAGAGAUGGAUUGAAUAUGGCAAGCAGGCAGUUUUGUGCUCAUGCCGUAGAGACAUGGUGAAGAUUUCCAUGGAUGUCUUUGUGAAAAAAUACCAGCCAGAUCGCUACGAACAGUGGCUGGAAGGCCGAGACCUGGUGCCCAUUGACCAUUCACGACCCACCCCAGAAGCUAAGGAGUUCUUGGAUGAGUCAUUUAAUGACAUCACCAGCAGCAGUGAGACUAGCUCCAUCAAGAGCUGUGGGGAGGACGGACAGUGGAAGAGCACUAAACAAAGAAUAGAGACCAAAAGACACCGGGUGUGUCUGGAAGUGCCCGAAGAAGUUGUGCCUCAGGUUGAAGAUGAAGACGAUGAAGAGCAGUAUGGAAAGCGUCCUAGACUCAGUCUUAUACCUCCACGGGCUGUGGCACAAGAUGGCAAAAGAAAUAAAGGCCCACCAAAGUUGGUUGUCACUCCAACCAAGCUCACGCUAAUGGAUCCAUUUCACAGGGGCCUGUCCCAAAGUAAGGGUGACAGUGGCUGCCCUCCUCAUUAUACCAAGACUCGUGCACCUGCAAUCUCAUCUCAGUCCAGGUCCAGAAACGGGCAUCUCUCAGUCUCAGCAGCCUCUAUGUGGACAGAAGUUGGAACUCAGCCUGCCCGCAAAAUGGGUGUUGCCAGUCUGCUAUUCCACAGGACUCUGAGUCCUAAAGAUAUUCUUCAGGUGCAGAGCUACAGUCAAGAGACGCAGCGGCAACCCACCACACAGCUACAUGUGCACAGCUAUGCCAGAGAGCACCAGGCCCGCCAUCUCCAGCACAAAACCUUAACGCCGGUUCCAUCUUCAUCUCAGGUGCCGCACUGUGAGCAAAUGAAGGCACGGCCUCAAUUUGAAAUCACUAUGACCAAAGUAGCACAGAAUGAACAAGAAGCACAAAAUAUUGUGGUGACGGAGAAAGAAGAACAUGAACCCAAAACGUCUGUGCCUGUCGAAGCUCUGGCUGAAGUCAAGAAGCCUCAAGUUGAGCCCAUAAGCAAGCCUGCUUCCCCGCUGGUUCACACACAGCCACAAGAUGUGAACAAAGUGGAAACUGAGGCUCCCAAGAGUAACAAGAGAAAGAAUAUCCAAUCCCCCCUCGUGGAUAAUGGCAUUGUCAUCCUGAAAGACACCAUUCCUGUCAUGAAACCAGUGCACGAUGAGCUGAAGGUGAUUCCUCAGAUUCAUCAUCAGGUGUCAGACGAGCAGUCGUACUGCAAGCCUGUCAAGAACCAGCAGGAAGCACAGCUGUGUAAGCUGCCUCGUCAUCAUCCUCUGUUCAGGGAGGCACACAGUGAUGAUGAUUUAUAUGUAGAUGUGCAGGUCAUCCAAGAGGAGAAAGAGGAGUGGGCAAAGCCACUAACCCAGUUAUGGCAGUGUCUGCCAUUUAGCCCUGCUGCAGAGAGGGAAUAUAACAAACGCAUGGGCCAACAGGCUCCCUACUGCUCUAUCUGCCUGCUUUUCUACACUCACCAUCAGUCUGAAUCCAAUACUGGGAGUUCUAGUGUGACACUGGUGAACCGUCCAGGGGGCCAACAGUGGUCUAAACCACUGAUCCCUGAAAUGUGUUUUAACACCCAGUCCAGUAAGAUUACUGACAGCGGGGAGGGGCAGCUGUCUAACCCUAAUGUAGCUGAGGAUGGUACCAGCCGCCUGGUGAGCUGCACUCAGUGCUGCGUACGUGUACAUACAAGUUGCUAUGGCAUUUCCAGGGAUGAUGCAGAGCUAGCUGAAUGGCUGUGUGCCCGCUGUGAGGCUGACGCCAUCACUGAGGACUGCUGCCUGUGUUCCCUGAGAGGAGGAGCUUUACAGAGAGCCAACAAUGACAAGUGGGUUCAUGUGUUGUGUGCCAUAACUGUGCUGGAAGCUCGCUUUGUCAACAUCACUGAGCGGAGCCCCGUUGACCUCUCUGCCAUCCCACUGCCACGUUUCAGACUGAAAUGUGUGUACUGCAGGAAACGGAUAAAGAGGGAAGUGAAAGGCUGCUGUGUUCAGUGCUCCCAUGGGCGUUGCUCCACGGCAUUUCACCCCACAUGUGCUCAGGCAGCUGGUGUCCUCAUGCACCCAGAUGACUGGCCAUUUAUUGUCUUCAUCACUUGCCACAGGCAUAGAGCACCAGCCAUACCUGAGCGCAGCAAAGCUGCCAUGCAGGAACUGGUAGUGGGCCAAAAGGUGAUCUGUAAAUACAAGAAUGGCCGUUACUACCAGAGCGAAUUGCUGGAGCUAACCACGGCUACGUUUUAUGAAGUGGUGUUUGACGACGGCUCAUUCAGCGACAACCUCUUCCCUGAGGAUAUUGAGAACCGGGACUGCGUCCGCCUCGGCCCACCUGCCAAAGGUGACGCUGUUCAAGUUCGAUGGACAGAUGGGUUGAUAUAUGGAGCCAAGUUUGUAGCUUCCCACUCCAUCCCCAUGUACCUGGUGGAAUUUGAGGAUGGCUCGCAAAUCUCUGUCAAGCGGGAAGACAUCUACACUCUAGAUGAGGAUCUGCCUAAACGGGUCAAGUCAAGGAUGUCGGUGGCAUCAGACAUGCGUUUUGAGCUCUUCGCGCAAAACGAUGUCAAGCAGAACACCAAAAGGCAGCGGGUCAUCAAUUCUCGAUAUAGAGAGGACUACAUUGAGCCGGUCGUCUAUCGAGCCAUCAUGGAGUGACAUCCUUUUCUUUCUGAGGGUACUGCUUAAAGGAUUGACCGCCCCUCCUGCUCUUCCACGGCCUGUCAGGCUCCAUAUUUAUAAACUACGGCUGGGACUUUAACUGACUCUUGUGUGCUUUGAAUAAUAUUCAUCGACAUUCAUGUCCCAUUGCAGUCUGGAGAUUGUUUGCUUUCCCCCAUUUCAUCGUUUUUUUCUUUCCUUCAGGAAGAAGCCAUUAAUGAAUUAAAUGUGAAAAAGAUUUGAUAUUUUCUUUGUUCUCUGCCACCCUGAUUAGCAACUGUUGACUAAAAAACUACAUGUUCUACAGCAGAAACAUAUUUCUCAUUUAAAUCACAAUUCACUGAUUCAGACUGAUGUUUUCACAAUUUUUGCCAUACAGAAACUUGUUGAUGGAGGUUUUCUCAACUCUGUUUUCUCCACUGAUGCAGACACACUGUAGCCGUUGACUGUUGACAGUUAUGAAGAAUUGUGUCAAAUCAUAAACCCCAAAGAACUAAAAUUCUCUGUCACUGUUUUAACAACGGUUGAUCUUGUUGCUUAUUGCGUUACAUUUUGUGGUUGAGAAAUACGUAUACGAGUAUGUAGUUCACCCAUACAUAGUUGUCAUUGUGCAUCUACUGUGAAGACAGAGGACGUUUGACAUGUUUUACAGGCCCAAGCCUUACACUUCAGAGGGCCUACAACACCUUGGUUUAUUAUAAUUAUUGUAAUUAAUGUUAUUACUAUACUUUUAUUUAUGCAAGUGCAUCAAGUUUGAAAACAAAGCUAUUUUUGUCAUGUCCUUUUCACAGUCUGUAGAAAACCUCAGAUGUAUUUAUAUUUAUUAUAUUGACUGGUUUUCAGACAUGCUGUUUAAACUGAGGCUCGCGUUUGCUCUGCAGUGAAUUCGGGAGGUAAAGAUUAUUAUUGCUAAAGUUGUUCAAAUAGCUUAUUGUUAUCUUCUUUCUGAGCAUUUUUUUUGGUGUUUUUUAUUUUAUUUUUUUAUUUUCGUUUUGUUUUCGACUUAUUGCCUCAACCAAGUGGAGUUUUUGUGUUUCUGAUAAAUGCUAGCUUUAGAGAUUGUAGUUUCAGAUGAUAGUUCAAUCCCUGAUGACAACAAACUCCACGACAGCUCAUUUUUGGAUUUAAGUGAGUUUGCUUUCAUUUGCAGUUCCUUGAACCUGCUUUAAAACAGACUUGUGCAGAGAAUUACGAACCUCUGUAGGAUAACCUUUGCAGAUACCUUUUAGCUAUGAUCUUGGCUACUGUUGGGUUUCCUUUGGGUCUGUCUCCACAGCAGCAUUAAGUCUGUGCACUCUUUGUAAACACCAACUGUUUGAGUAAAGUUUUGAAU